AGGCAAGGCCCUGCCGAGGCGACAUGUCAACAACAUUAUCCCCACGCGGGAGCUCUUUGUGAGGGAUCCAGUUCCGUGUGAGGCGAGUGAGGCAUCCGACGAUAAUGAUGGGGAUGAUGAUGAUGAUGACGAUUCAGAAAAGACGGCAGGUUUUAAGGAGGCGGUGGUAGAACUUGUGAAUCAAGCACUGAGGAAUCCCUCCCACAUUGAACAUUGCGUAUUUCAAAUGAGGAACACCCGUCUUUCAUUCGAGCGCAAAAAUAGUGAUCUCUGCUUCAUUGUAACGGAGCGUCUUCUAACACAUGUAUUAGAGAAACAUGGCCCCAGCCACGACCCGCGCCCCGUGAUUGAGGCGGUGAAUGGUCUUUUUGGGCAGUGGUGCCAUCCCUUCUAUCUGGAGAUGGUGACGGGGCACGACGAGAUGCAGGCGAUAAUGGAGGCCACCUGCAUUGCCGUUGGUGAUAGAAACUGCCUGCUGCACCUGCGCGGCCCGCAGCUGUUGGAGUGCCUAUAUAACGGCUGCGACGAGGAGCUGUACGACGAACGUGGGUAUUGCAUCGUCAGCGGCGAAUCCCUCGUGGAAUUCGGGGCACGAGUGCGCCGGUUGGCGCGGGAGCGUGAGAUGUACGCCGAUGACAAUGAGGGGGAUACACGGAAGGAGGGCAUGUUGCGCGUGGCGGUCAGUUGUUUGGGUUUUAUUGAUGGCGUGCGUGCCUUUCUUGAGGAGGAGGAGGAUUUGCAGGAAUGA